CUAAGCCCCAGCCUGCUUGUUCACCAGGGGCCCUGAUGCUGGGGAUGGACUUGCAGCAGGCUGGGACCAGGUCGUGUCCCCCAGGUACACCCAGCUGAGGUGGAGGAGACCGCUAGCAGGAGCAGGGUACAACGUGAGAAGACACAGGGAAUCCAAUGGGCAAGCCGAGGUCAGGACAGGUGGAAAACAAGCAAGGUCAGGAACAAAGCCGGGAUUGGUACACAGAUAGACAACACAGGAAUCACAGUGGAAACACAAGGGAGCUCCAACAACACGAAGUUGCUCAGGCAAAGUGGGACAGACUGAGCAUGUCUUAAAUAGAGAAGCCAGCUAGGAGGCGGCCCAGGAAG